AUGCCAGCUGGUAACUUGCUUCAAAAUGGACUUUCUAAUUUUUUGAGGAGACAACCACCUAAAGUAAUUAAAAUUUAUUGUGCUAGUGCUAUCUGUCAGCCAGUAUUUUUGGUUACAUUAGAAAAUCUUGUCAAAUUUAUUGAUCAUUUUCACCAACAAAUAACAAUAGAUGCAAUGUCAACUGGAUUAAUACAAAUUUUUAUUAUCAUACAAUUAAUGAAUUUAACUCUGUGUGGUUGUCAUUUGAUCCCAAUUCGAAUGAAGGUUAUCUUAGACCAGUUUACUGAACUCUGCCUGACAAAAUAUCAAUUUGAGCAAAUGUUGCAUAUUUUUGGCUGGUCGUUAACAGAUUAUACACGUGGUUAUAUGAUGAUGAAUAAUUUCACAAAGCCAGUGUGGAAUACGUGCACACUUGAUGAAGAAUAUGCAAUUUUGAAACAAAUUAAACGUUUGCCUAGAUUCACCUCACUUGCAGAUGACUUAUUGAAAACUAUGCGGGAUGACUUCAAUCAAAAGGUGAAUAUGACCAAACACUCUGAUAUCGUAGAUGGUGAUGAUGAUGAUGACAAAGACGAAUGUAGUGGGCCUUUAGUGUCUUCUACAUCAUCAGUAAAUAAUGAUUACGUAGGCUCAGAAUUGCUGUAUCCAAAAUUAUUAAUUCUUGGAAAAUCUUUAAUUUGCAAAGCGUCUGGAUCUACUGAAUCGUGUAAUUCUUCAUUGUUUAAAAAUCAAACAUCAGUCAACUCAUCAUCUCUCAAUACACUGAAAGAUCAAAUCGUGUCAAAUGUUGCCAGUUUUGAUGAACCCACUUAUUAUACUCUGUUAUCAACAAUUGUAAAUAUUGGCUGGGAUGAAUUUUCACCAACAGUCAACAUCAUUCCUACUACAAAUUCGGAUACGGCCACUAGUUUCAACAGUGAAAACCAUCACCAUCAUUAUGAGGCUAAACGAUCGGAUACACUAAGUACAGAAAAUAUGCGAACUGAUUCAAGCUAUCAGCUUUUAAAUAACUCAGAAAAUAUUUAUCAGUCUCCUUUGCUGAAAAACGAGAAACAGACAAUGAAACCAGCUAACCAAUCGAAUAACAGUAGGUCUAAACGGGUAGUGAAAUGUAAAAAUUUCACUCCUGGACAUGAAGUAAAUGAUUUCAACAAAAAAGCAGGAGUUUUAUUAGAACAUAGGAAUUUAAGUCAUGUCGCAUAUUCAUAUGGAAAGACUGAAAAUCCAUCAGCUCAAAGAGAUAUACAACAUCUACCACUUCCAAUUGUUGAACAAAUCACUGAUUUUUCAGCAGAAAACUCUUUUAAUCAACUUACAACAAAUCAGACUUCAAAAAAAAGAGUUACUCCUGAACAACGAAAUAAAAAACGUGUUGCAUGUCCAAGUUGUAGAAAGACAUUUUGUGAUAAGGGUGCGCUUAAAAUUCACUACAGUGCAGUUCACUUGAAAGAAAUGCAUAAAUGUACUAUAAAUGGAUGUAAUAUGUGGUUCAGUUCACGAAGAAGUCGUAAUCGUCAUUCAACUAAUCCAAAUCCACGUUUGCAUAUGUUACAUGCUGAUAAAACUGUAUAUAAUGAAGAUUGUAGUAAUUCAACAAAGUGAUUAGGUGCACAGAACAUCUGGUGAAACUAAUACCUUUCUUCCACAACCUAGCAGUAAAACAUUAUGUGUUGAUGAAGAUUCAAAAACGGUGCAGGAACCUCAGAGAACCCUCCACAUUGGUACUAAAACACAAUGAUUUCUAAGCAUUUUUUGCUUUCUUGUGGAUUCG